AUGAAACACGUGGGCCGGGAGGACCGAGGUAUAAGAGCACAGCAGCCGCUGUCCGUGGUGCUGAAAUCAGAACAACCAAGGAGCGAAAUCCCGGGAGAGGAGAGCAGGAGUAGAACGCAACUCAGCAACAGUGACGACAUGACCAUGAUUGGGUACCACGAUGCAUCAAGUGCCCUUACCCUCCUAGUCCUCCUGAUAGGGGCUUCCUUCCUCCGUCUGUCCACCCCCAGCCCGAUCAACAUCCCUAGAGAUGUCGUUAACCUACACAGAGAUUCUCCUCCUGGAAGGGACGAGGAGAGACGAUCAAUACAGAAAGAAGAGGCAGAGGAAGAAGAGGAACUCUUUAAAGAUGUGGAUCCCAAAACACUGGCAGCAGUUUUACUGGAGGCACUGAAUCACUCACAAGUAGAGAAAAGCAGGGAGGGAGGGGAGCGUAAUGGCAUGGGAGAAGAAAUGAAGGCUGAGAUGGGGGAAGUUAAAAAAGACAGAGAAGUGAGAACGAUGGAGGGAGUAGACAGAGACAGAGAUGGACGACAGGAGUUAGAGCUGCUGAUGGCCGCACAGGGGAAGGAGCGGGAAAGAGAGGGGGAAGAGGAGAGGAAGAAAGCUCAGGAGGAAGAGGAGAAGAUGACAGAAAAGGUGACCAGUCGUACCACAAGUCAGACAGUCCAGGUCCAAACAGAGCAGCAGCCCUCUAGUCAAGAUGGAGGAGGGGAGAACGGACAGGGUGCUGCCUCCCAGCAGGGGCCAAUCAGCCCUGAACAAGGCAGCAACGAGGAGGAGGAGGAGCAGCUCAGCCCAGAAGAGCUAAAGAACCUUGAGACCAUGAUGAAGGAGUUUCCUCGUUUGAACACAGCCACGAAGAGGGAGGGAGAUUCAGAGCAAAACGAGAGGGAGAGCAGAGGUUACAGCAGCUACAACGACGUCAUACCAAUCAACAAAGGCAACGACCUCGUCAUGUCUAAGAAGAAACUGAAAUGGCAAGAGGAGACGCAGAAAGGCCUGAACUUCCCAACAUUCAGAGGAAGCAAUUUUAUGGAUGACUUUGAGGACAAUAAUUAUGCUGGCAGUAAUCCAGCACAGACCCAGCUUCCAGCAGAGCAGGAGAUGAUGGAAGGUGAUGAACCAGAGGAGGAGGAGGAGGAGGAGGAGGAAGAUGAGGAAGUGUUGAGUCCCGAGGAGGAGGAGGCUCAGGCUAAAGCAGAGCAGGAGGAGAUGAGGAGGCAGGCGGCCGAGGCACAGAGAUCCAAGAUGGAGGAGGAGAAGUUGGCCGACAUCGCCUCGGACAUGCUGCUGCGCUACAUGGUCAAACAGAAUAACGGGAACAAGAAGUACAGCUCGUCUCUGUCCAAUGCCGCGGAGGACAAGAGGUCCGAUGAGGAACAGGAAGUGACAGAGGACGACGAUAUCGAUCCCCAGACCAUCGACAAGCUGAUUGAGAUCUCCAACAAGCUCCACCUUCCUGCUGACGACGUGGUGGAUAUCAUCAGCGAUGUGGAAAAGAAGAAAAAAAAAGACGUGCCGCCAGAGAUGACUUCUCGUUGGCAACGACCUCCAAGUCCGUUGUCGUCUUCAUUCUCAUCAACCAAUGGUUUCUCAGCGUUGCAGAUUCCAACCAAGCAAAACAGCUUCCCCGUCUCUAAGCAACCUUCUCCAGCUGUCAAUCUUCUCAAAACUUGGUUAGAGGAGAAAUCGCAAACGAAAUCGCAGGAUCUCUGGAGCAAACCUGCAAAGCCUCUGUCAGCCAAUCAAAAUCGUUGGCCCAAACCUCAGAAGCCUCUGUCGUACAAACAAGACCUUUGGCUCAAAUCACCCAAGCCUGUUUGGACUGGCUACCCUUUGUACCCCUACACAUACCCAUCCUAUUACCAGAGGAAGCAGUACCCUGACUACUACCCCAUCUAUUUCCCUCCUCCCCCCAGACCCAAACCCCGUUACUACGUCCCCAAAACCGCUCUCACCCUCAAAAACUUCCUGGGAAAUUCCGUGGAUGACACCUACUCUUUCCCUCCCAAACGUCGUUACCACAGCUGGGUCCAACCUCGUCUGAGAAGCCCCCCUUCAGGCCUCCAGCAGAGGCCUUACUACACUAGUUACCAGUUUCCGCCAUUAUCCAUCCCCAAAUCACGUUCCCCUCCCCGAAUGUCUGUGAUCCCUCCUCAACAGAAGUUUUAUUACUCACUGGCGGCACCUGCUGUGGCGAGAAAUGAAGAUUAUUACGUCGCUGGAAAGCAGCCAGACAGCAGCAACCAUGACAAGCUGGAGAAAUACAUACAGCAGAUACUCAUGAAGAGACCGAUUUUAGACUGAAAGGGGGAUGGGAGGAGAACGAGAAUACAGGAAAUGGAAAAGAAGAGAGAUGAACAGAAAAGUAUUUAUUUUUGAUUUAGUUUUUCUGGUAUUUGGUUUUGUUUUACAAAAGUAACAAGUUUCUUUCUCCUGUUUUAAGUGGUUGUUAUUUGGACAAGGACAUUAAGGAGGACUUUUUCCAGUAGUAGUCUGGAUAAAAUGUAACUUUGCCAGGAAAAUGAAAGGAAAGAUACACAUUUACACUCCUCCUCUGUGAAGGAGGGGAAACAUGAUGAAAGCAUGACACAGCAAAGAUUUGUAUCAUGCUAGAACUUUUCAUCCAAACUCCCCGGCAUGACAACAUUCUCCAUUUGGACAUUUUACAAUGCCAACAAAGGAGGACACUGUUAUAUGUUGUUACUUGUACCUUUAAAAAUAUAUAUUUUUCAGAGUCAGAGAGUCGGAUACAUUGAAGGCAGUGAUGGAUGCUGGGAAAUGUUUGAUGGCUGAAGGAAUUUUACUGUCUAAACAUAAAGAGAAUAUUUGUGUAAUUAUCUCAAGCAGGGAAAUUUGAAAAAUAUUUCAUAAACAUAAUCUUUUUUAAAUGACAUACACUAAAUGGCCAAAACUAUGUGGACGCCAAACAUUCCAGACAUGUGUGAUUCAAACAACAGCAUUAUUGAGGUCCAAAAGUGAUGUUGGGUGUUAAAGGCCUGGCCGAUGUUAUACCUUCCGCAUGUACAAGUAUGCAAGUCCGCUAGUGUUAGCCUGGCGCAUUUUGUCAUCGGAGGGUGUAAGCGAGGGAUCUGUGCGGAUCCCCGAGUACUGCAAAUAUGUUGUGACCGAAUGGACAGUCCACAUGGCACUGAAAUGCUCUAUUGGAGCAUGUGUGGAACAUGUCCUCCAAGCGAACAGUAUAAACAUUGGAACUAACUUGCCCAAACCAGGAAAAAGAUCCCCAGACCACAGGGUGUCUAUAUACUUUUGGCCAUGUAAUGUAUCAACUGACGCACAUAUCGUCUCUAGAGAUUAAAUCCAAUUCAUACAUAAUCUUAGAAUGGCCCUUUGCCAAAGCCAUUCACUAUGAUGUGAUCAUGUUUUAAAAUGAAUACAUUUUUAUGCAAAUGUAUCAUUUUGUGUUAUUUGUCUAGAAAUACAGCGAAAACAUUUCAGCAGAGCAGCACCUUCUCUUUAUGUAUACUCACACAUACCAACCAAUGCUCUUUAUAAUGAAAUAUAACACACCAAAAAGCAUAUUUCAUACAAAGGGCUGUGGAAGCCACACUACCAUCACUAUAAUGGCUUGGAUGACUCAUCCCUUUGCAUAACUUCAAUUACCUUGUUGCUAUGGUGCCAAAGCCUGGCCAAACUCUAUAUGGCAUUCUUUUGAUGCCUUCAGAGGAGGAUGCAGUGGUGGAGGCAUACUGCUCUUUUACUAAACACAUGCAUUUUAAGGAUAAGGCUGGUGUUAUUCGUUUUUUGUUAAUUCUAUAUCACCAAAUGUGUUCAAUAUUUUCUUACUUCCCUUCCCUGUCUGUAGCACUCAGUUUACAUUUGUGAUAUAGAAAAUCACCAACUUUAUCCUAUAAAGAUGCCCUCCAUGGUUUCGUUAUAGCACCCCAAAGUUCCCCUAAAUCCCAAAGUUACCUUCCGCUCGAUGAAAACCAUUUAGUGGGAUUUUAGUAUACAACAUUUAUUUUUCAUAGAUCAACUCAAAGUCUAUUUUGAUGUUUUUUCUUGUUGUCCUAAUGUUGCACAAUCAUCAGUCAUACAUUUUAUACAUUUGUAGGUAGGAAGUUGUUUCCAAACUCUGGGCUGAGCUCUGAUCAGCUGCCUUACAUGUCACCGUGACAUUCUUAACAUUACGCUUUGUGUUUUUCCUUUUCUUCUCUUUUGUACCAUUUUAUAUUAUCCAUGAAAUCAAGGCUGUAAUCACUUUUGUAAUGGAAGCAGAUAAUGGAAAUGAUUUUAUGGAACUGAUUCCACUGGAGAUGGGACCAGUUUGCUAAUUUUCAGGUAAAACUAAGUUUAUUUCACAAUUUUAACAACAUGAUGAAGGGAUUCUUCUUGGAUUGGAUGGCAGUGUUAUAAAAAUGAUUGUAAAAAAAUAAUUUUUUAACGUACAAAAAAAGGAUUGUACUGCUGACAUUUCCUUGCUUUACUUAAGUGGCUACUGAUAAUCAGUUAUCAAUAAACACUUCCUUUUCUCCCGGUUUACCUGUUUUUCAAAUACAUCAAUAGCAGAUGUUGCUCUUUGGUUUAUCUGCAUUGUUGACCUUUGUGGUCAUCUGUUGCUAAGGUUACGAGCAAAUCUCAACAUCUUUGUUGCCAAGCCGAAACAGAUUCAUGGCAUCGACAAUCUCAUACUGAAAAAAAUGUCAACAUGAGACCAUUAGUCAAAGAAAGAGAGUGAACUGAAUUCAGGAGAUGGUAGUAAAAACAAAGCCUUUUUGUAAUUUUUAAUGAUUUGUUGUUUUUUUACGAGAUUAAGACGGGAGUUACAGAUUUAGAAAGAGGGGGGGGGCUAAGAUAUAAGCGACAGACCAGAGGUGAGGGUACAGUGUCUGCACGUUUAUGUAUACUUGCAUCUAAAAAUUGCUUCUUUGAAGACGU